GUAAUCGUUCACCGUUGGCUGGCAGACAAACGGUACCGACUAGGAGCACCGUCUUUUCUCUUCUACCGCAGCGUAACGGCCGAGAAACUCCACGACUUCACGGAUUAAUACCGGACUGAGAGACUUUUUCCUCGGUGGGACUGUUACAUCUCCCUAUCUGCGACAGAGGACAAUGUUUCUCCUGCAGUACACCGGGCUCAACGCUCUGCCCUUUGACCCAACAUCCAACAACGACCCUCUCCACUUCAACAGCUCCAAUGGGCCGCUCAUGUCAGAGUGUCCUUCUCUGGAAAACACUGCUGAAAACAGCAAGAAAAGGAAAAGGACCAGCCUGCCUCCAGAUGCAAACCAUAACCUCACCAUGGCUUCUAACUCCAUGACGAUGCCCAUGUCAGACCCCAGCGCCUGGGCAACAGCCAUGAGCAACCUGGGGAUGCCUCCGAUAAGCAUGACUGGACAACAGCUCUUGCCAGAUUUUGACCCCGGUCUCGGGCUGAUGACUGGCAUUACCCCCAUAAAUCCCAUGAUGCCCUGCCUGGGCCUGGCACCCCCGCCCCUCUCCCAGGAUGCACCAGUUGUCAAGGAGAUCAUCCACUGCAAGAGCUGCACACUGUUUCCUCCCAACCCCAACCUUCCGCCUCCGGCCACAAGGGAACGCCCUCCAGGGUGUAAGACGGUAUUUGUCGGGGGUCUGCCUGAGAAUGCCACUGAGCAGCUCAUCGUGGAGGUCUUUGGACAGUGUGGGGAUAUUGCCGCCAUCAGAAAGAGCAAGAAAAACUUCUGCCACAUCCGAUUUGCAGAGGAGUUCACUGUGGACAAGGCUCUCCUUCUCUCUGGUUACCGUAUUCGUUUGGGCUCCAGCACAGACAAAAAAGACUCUGGUCGGCUCCACGUGGACUUCGCUCAGGCCAGAGACGACCUCUAUGAGUGGGAGUGUCGGCAGCGCAUGUUGGCCAGAGAGGAGAGGCACCGGCGCAAGAUGGAGGCGGAUCGCCUCCGGCCGCCCUCCCCUCCUCCCAUCGUCCACUACUCAGAGCACGAGUGCAGUGAGCUUGGAGAUAAGAUCAAAGAUGACAACAGGUUUCCCGAGGCGGUGCAUGUGCUGUUGACCUGGCUGGAAAGAGGUGAAGUCAACCGCAGGAACGCCAACAACUUCUACUCCAUGAUCCAGUCGUCCAACAGCCACAUCCGCCGGCUGCUGAGCGAGAAGAGUCAGCACGAGAAGGAGGUGGAAGAGGCCAAAGACAAGUUCAAGACGGCGAUGGUUACCAUACUCGCUCAGUUUGAACAGAUUGUGUCUGUAUUCCACGCUGCUUCCAAACAAAAGGCAUGGGACCAUUUCUCCAAAGCUCAGCGGAAGAACCUGGAUGUAUGGCGCACGCAGGCUGAGAACAUUAGAAGUAUGCACAAUGAGCAGCUGAUGGGCAUCAGAGGAGAAGAGGAGAUGGAGAUGUCUGACGAAGACAUAGAGGACUCCUCCGCUACCAACAGCAAAGACUCUGAGGACUCAGGUGUUUCCCAAGCAGAAGCCUUAAAGGAGGAGAACGACUCCCUGCGCUGUCAGCUGGACGCCUAUAGGAACGAGGUGGAGCUCCUCAAACAAGAACAGGGCAAGAACCAACCAAUCAGCAGUGAGGAGGACAGCACACACUCUCAGCAGCUCAGCUUCCUGCAGCAGGCUCUGCAAGGCAUGCAGAAGCAACUGCUGAGAAUGAGGGACGAGUUGAAAGAGCGAGAAGCAGAGCUCGAGAAGAGUAUAGAAGACAAACAGCAGCUGAAGAACCAAAUCCAUGACCUCAAGUCGGGGCUGCACAACCUGCAGAUAUCAAACACGUCACAGGAUGUAACAGCAUCAUCAGUGGUGUCCUGCAGCCAGGACAAGGAAGGUCUCCCAGAGAAGAAUCGUGCCAGUCCUGUUCAAUCUGAGAGGGAUGCACUGCUAGUCGGGAUCAUUUCAACCUUCCUGCAUGUCCACCCGUUUGGAGCCAGCAUUGAGUACAUCUGUUCCUACCUGCAGCGUUUGGACACCAAGAUCAACACCAGUGAGGUGGAAGCUCUUCUCUCUCGGCUGCCCUGCACCUUCAGACAGGAGCUGACCGGCGUCGGAGCCAGUCUGGAGAAACGCUGGAACUUCUGCGGCUUCCAGGGCAUCAAGAGCACUUAGACUCUGCUGGUGACGCUUCUGAGACGCACAAGAGACGACAGGUAGCCAAGGCAACACAGGUACACGGAGGACGCGCACAGCUGACGGAGGCACUGGACUCCAUUUGCGAAGACAAGAGUGCAAAUUCACCACAAAUCUCAGAUCAGGAAGGGGAGUUCUGUGUAGGCAGCAGAGAGAUAAAUAUACAGGUUUUUUUUGUGAUGGCAAAUUAAUUGGCAGCAUCUCUAUGGUGACCAAGAGGUGGAUGUAUUUCUAUGGUGACAGUCUCAUCAUCUCUCACUCUCUCUGGGUUUUUUUGGGAUUCAACUAAACGUCCAAAUCUCAGCAGAGUCAUGGCAUUAGUUGUAUUUUUAUACUCGAGCCCACAUUUGGCUUAGCGUACUGUCAGACCUGGACUAAAAGGGCUACACAGGAAGGUCAUCAGGGUCGACUUUCAACCUCAGAAACCCUCUGGCUUCCUUUUUUUGCCUCUUCUCAAUUUUGUACAAUGAUGUGAAAUAAAUUCUUAUAGUUCCUUCUUCUAUUAAAGGUGCACAGAGGA